ACAGACUCACUUACCGAGUGGCUGCAGUGAAACCUUCAUCAUCAUUAUCAUUAAAACACCACAGAAUCAUCAACAUUAAUCUAUCCUGAGGCAUAAUGGGUAGACAGAAGGUACUCCUAGAAAAGAUGGCUCGAAUCUUUCAGGUUCGGAACAUGCUGAUGCGACAGGCACUGGCAGAAUGCCUGGGAACCCUCAUUCUAGUGAUGUUUGGUUGUGGUGCUGUUGCCCAGUUGAUUCUAAGUGGAGGCUCUCAUGGAAUGUUCCUGACUGUGAAUUUUGCUUUUGGGUUUGCUGCUACUUUGGGGAUCCUAGUUUGUGGGCAAAUUUCAGGUGGUCAUAUAAAUCCUACUGUGACCUUUUCCCUGUGUUUGUUGGGGAGAGAGCCCUGGAGGAAGUUUCCUGUGUAUUUCCUGUCCCAGACUCUGGGGGCUUUUCUUGGCUCAGGGAUAAUAUUUGGCAUGUACUUUGAUGCAUUGUGGGACUAUGGACAAGGCUCUUUGGUUGUUAUAGGGGACAAUGCAACAGCUGGAAUUUUUGCAACAUACCCCUCUAAGCACCUCACAUUGCUCAAUGGCUUCUUUGAUCAGAUGAUUGGCACAGCAGCUCUGAUCGUGUGUAUCCUUGCAAUUGUCGAUCCCUACAAUAACCCUGUCCCACGAGGACUUGAGGCCUUCACUGUGGGGUUCGUGGUACUGGUGAUUGGUCUGUCCAUGGGUUUUAACUCAGGUUAUGCAGUAAACCCAGCCAGAGACAUGGGACCUCGGAUCUUUACCGCACUUGCUGGAUGGGGCUCAGAAGUGUUCACACCAAGGAGAGGACGUUUGGUAUCUCUGAAAAGCCCAGGAAGUCCUCUGAUAAUACACCAAGAUUUACCACUGUAGCAAUGUAUGGGCUAAGAAAAACUUAAAAAACAAAUGUCCUAUACAAAAAUGAAGUGCUGGGCCUCAGGAUAAUGACCUUUAAAGCCUAAUGUAUCAAAUAUGAUACAUAAAAAAAAUAAAAAAAUAAAAAAAAUCUUUAUGAUUUAUUUUUAUAUUUUGUCUAAUGGGACUAAAAACAGUUUAAUGUAAAAAAUAAAAAAUAAAAAAUCUGACAAUUCUUUCAUAUGUCAGACUUUACAGGGUUAAGGCAAGCCUCACUAAGCCCAUUUGUCAUUCUUAGGGUUAGGGAUUUGAAUAAACCCCUAAUCCUAAAUAUUAAGCCUCUGCAUUUAAUCAGACAGACAUGUGUGAGCUCCAGUUUCCCGUGUUGUACACAGAUGUCCACAGAGUGGCGCCAAAAGGGAGUUAUAAUUUUAGUUGUAAAUGUAAUACUGUCAACAGGAGUGCAUUUUUUAUUAACUCUACCCCCUAACCCCAAAAUUUUGAUGGGGCAUAGUGCUUGUCAGUAAUUUGCCAGUAUUUGUUGAAUUUCAGGGUACUGUCCUGAGUGAUACCUCAAAUCAUUUAGGAUUUAAAUCCAUAGGUAGAAAAAAAUCCAUAGGCUUACAAUGAAUUAGGGACCCAAGUCAUAUCUAAGAACCAGAAUAUCAUAGAGACCAGGGUGUGUGGGCCAGUAAGCAUCCACCUAACAACCACCUAGAACACCCUAGCAACCACCUAGAAAUGCCCUAACAACCAUGUAGAACACCCUUGCAACCUCAUAGCAUUGUCCUUACAACUACCCACAACACCCUAUUAUCAUCGUAGCGGCAUGUUUUGCAUGGGCAAGCACCCAUCACUUUUUUUUUUCUUUUUUUUUUUUUUCAGAAAAUCUAGUUUUAUUUUGUUUUUUGUGCAUCUAUUUUACAGUUGGCCCUUCCAUCAACACUCACAGUUCUAGUUUACCAUAUCAUCUUAAUAUUUCUUUCUCUUGUGUUUCACAAUGGCAUAUUCCA